GCAUUUGUGCGUAAAAUGAGAUGGCUGCACACAUUUUCGAAUUUUAUUUUCUUUCCCUAAAUUUCUAUUUUUCAUUCUAUUUUCACGCUGACGCUUUCGUAAAAUAAUGGAUAUGGAAGUCGAUGAGGCAAUAUCUGGUACUUCUUCUUCAAGACUUGCACCAAUCGAAGAAGUAAAACCAACUCCAAAGCAAAUUAAACGCAUUGCGGCUCACAGUCACGUCAAGGGACUCGGAAUUGACACAGAAACACAAGAAGCUCACUAUGAGGCUGCUGGAUUCGUUGGCCAAGCACCCGCCAGAACAGCUGCAUCAAUUGUAGUUGAUAUGAUUCGAUUGAAGUGUAUGGCCGGACGAGCUGUAUUGAUUGCUGGACCACCCGCCACUGGAAAAACUGCAAUCGCGCUUGCAAUGUCACAGGAGUUGGGUGACGGCGUUCCAUUUGUGCCACUUGUUGCAAGCGAGGUCUUUUCCAAUGAAGUAAAGAAAACGGAAGUGCUCAUGAGAAGUUUCAGAAGAGCUAUUGGUCUGCGUGUUAAGGAAACCAAAGAUGUGUACGAGGGAGAAGUUACAGAGUUGAGCCCCGUCGAAGCUUCAGAUAAUUCCGGAAUGGGAAAAACCAUCUCUCAUCUUGUCCUUUCUUUGAAAACAGCAAAAGGAAGCAAGCAACUGAAAUUGGAUCCAAGCAUCUAUGACUCGAUUUUGAAGCAACGAGUAGAAGUUGGUGAUGUCAUCUAUAUUGAAGCGAACUCAGGAAUCGUUAAACGAGUUGGACGGUGUGAUGUAUAUGCAUCUGAGUUUGACCUCGAGGCUGACGAGUUUGUGCCAAUGCCGAAAGGAGAUGUUAGAAAGUCUAAAGAUAUUGUUCAAAACGUGUCUUUGCAUGAUCUGGAUAUCGCAAAUGCCCGUCCACAAGGACGUCAAGGAGAUGUUAGUAACAUUGUUUCACAGCUGAUGACUCCAAAGAAAACUGAAGUUACUGAUCGUCUUCGUUCUGAAAUCAACAAAGUAGUCAACGAAUACAUUGAAAGUGGAGUGGCUGAACUAAUGCCUGGUGUUCUUUUCAUCGACGAGGUUCAUAUGCUUGACGUAGAAUGUUUUACCUAUCUCUAUCGCGCGCUCGAGUCCCCAAUGGCACCCGUCGUGGUUUUUGCAACUAACCGUGGAACCACAACAGUUCGUGGACUCGGCGAUAAGGCACCACAUGGAAUUCCUCCAGAAAUGCUCGAUCGGCUGAUGAUUAUUCCAACGAUGAAGUAUAACGAAGAAGACAUCCGGAAGAUUCUCGUUCAUCGUACCGAAGCUGAAAAUGUUCAAUUCGAAGAAAAAGCAUUUGAUCUUCUAAGUAAAGUUGGAGCUGAAAAAUCAUUGAGAUAUGCGUUACAAUUGAUUGCUCCAGCUCGUCUUUGUGCUCAAACGUGUGGAAGAGAGGUCAUUGAAGUAGAGGACGUGGACCGUUGUACCAAAUUGUUCAUGGAUCGUGGGGAGUCGUUGAAAAAGGCCGAAGAAGAGAUGCGACAACCUAAAAAUAAGAAGUGAUAUCCAUUCAUAUCCGCACAACGACUCGGUUUUCCAAUUUUGAUUUUUCGCCAAUUCAUUUCUUGUUUUUUAAAAUUAUUUUUCUUCUUCUACAACUUAUCUCAUUCCUCUCGAUCUUUCCUCAGUUGUUUCCCCACAUGUUGAGGAUCUUGUUAUUUCGUUCCGAUAGAUCCCCCAUUUUGCCCAAUUUGUUGUUCGAUUCCUAUUUUUAUACUGUUCCUAAAAAGAAAAAAAACGGUUUCAAG